GAUGACACCUGGUUCGCAUAUUCUGCACCCAACGAAAUCAGAACGAUAUCAGUAAUCUGAAACAGCAAUCGCAAAGUAACUUUCACAUCGAAUACCAAUCAUGGGCUUCUUUCAAAUUCAGGUCCCUUUUAAGAAUGAUUUGGAUAAUAAGAGCCAAUCUUCGUUCGCCACAGUGAAAGGAGCUGCGAGAUCGUACAAGGACGUGUGGUACAGAAGAUUUUUGAAGCCACUAAGCAAAAAGGACAGUAGAGUGUCGAACCGUGAUGUUUUCCGACGACGUGCCUUCUAUUCGUCCGGAAUUCCAGUGGCCGAGCUCGAGGGAUUCCACGAGUUUUUUGAGCCGUCGUAUCGUCGAUACUCCCCUCUGUAUGGCUUACUCUUUAGCUACAACAACAUGGUAGAUAACCUGUAUCGAUACGGAAACGCCGACGCUGAGCCCGCUGUUGCUUUGAUACGAAGUCUUUUUCAUCAGCUUCCAGGAGGUGAUGUACAGCCGACGCACCUCGGAAGUGAGCCUGGUGCCCAUUUAUCCGCUAGUAUAAUUGGGCUUUUAAUCGAAAAAUUUGAAAGUCUGAAGCAUCGGUUGGAGGAAAUGCCUCAUCAAGAAGCAAUGGCGUUUUUGGUCAACGAGCUACUUCAGCAGACUGUGAAUCAUCCUGACUACCAAUUGGAGCGAAAGGAACUGAUAGAAGAUAGUGUGAAAGCUCAGCAAAAUCUCAAUCAUCUUCGCCGAAGAGAUGAAGAGUCGCAACCUGUGCGAGAUGAGAUCAAGAUGUUAGAAGGGGAUGUCAUUAAGGCAUCGCGUCACAAAGUCAAGCGUCUCAAGAAGCAAUUAGAAAAAUUCAAAGACAAACAAGCCAUUCAGAAAACAAUUUCCGAAAUAGAGAUCACCAUGAAAAGUGCGGAAAAAAAAGUUGCAGAUUUGAGGUCCCAAAUUGUCACGAGUCUAGAUUUCAAGCUUGCGCGCAAAAACUUGCAACGAGCAGAGCAGAUGGUAGAGCAAGAGAAGAGUGGUCGCGAAGCUUAUGUGACUGCUCUGGCCAGUUCGUUUUUAAGAUAUGACUUGGAGUCGGCGAACCCAAGUUGUCUUCCAAAGUACACCACCGCUGCUGUUCUACUUGCCUAUAUGUGGCGGAAGUACGAUGGAAUUCAUUUCCUAGAAGAAUACUUCGAGGUUAUGGAACGAAUGGGAGUCCUUAUACGUCCAGCUGGAGAAAGAGGAGACUUGCUGAAGCAAGAAAGCGACUGCACCUUAGACUCCAGCGUCAGAAAACUUCCGCGGGUGCAGGAGUGGUCCGCGGGAGAUACUGAAGCUGCCGCUAUCGUUGUUAUUGGCCAACCGGGCGUAAUUCGUCGACCGACAAUUGUCCCUUUCUCCUACAUCACUUGGGCAGCCUACAGUGAAUUCCCUGAUUGUGGAGAAACAGCGUUACGGAACUUUUUGAAUCAGCUCCUUUACAAUCCGAACACAGGCAUGUUUGAUCAUGGACUUCUAAAAUUGCUUCGCGCGGCCUACUAUCCCAAUAUGAACCCAAAGCUGCUUCAGUUUUAUCAGAGACAUGUUAGUCCUCAGGAUAGCACCAGUCAAGAAACGGCUGUAGAAUGGAUUGAUACGACUACAGGACUCAACGAUGGUCGAGAUGGCGAUGUCCUGAUUAGAUACCGACGUGAAAAGCAGCAGACCAACAUUGCCAGUCCCCUCAAGAAUCUGCUGCGAGUUUUUAACGCUUUAUUUGGAAUCGAGCCUCUCGAUAAGGAAAGCUUGCCGGAAGUAAUCGACCAUAUGAAUGAGCUUCGCGAUACUAGACUCCGAGUGGACAUGGCUAGAGUACGUGACGAUGGAUUCGGUGUUGUAAGUCUAUCGGACGGCAAAGUCCGAUACGAGCUGCAAUCAUACAAGCCUGUCCAUUUCGGCUUUGUUCAAGCCGAGACGCUGCGGUCUGAUGCCGCGGGAAAGCAGGUUUACGGUAUCUUUCGUAAACUGAAGAAGUAUAGCUGCGGGAUACCCCAUGUUGCCUUCGACAAGCAGGCAUACUUUGAGCAGCUGGCCUUGGCUUCCUUAUUUGUUCCUUACCAGCUCAAUAGCGGCCGAAUCAAGCCAUUCUUUCGGGUCGCCCCUGCCCACUACAUGCUGCUAUUUGCGGAUAUGACCGGGCCUGCGCAGCGACUAGCAGCUGUUGAAUGGGCCAAAGGUCGGGAAAGCAACGACCAGCUAGAAGCUUUUAUAAAAGGAAUCGAAUCGUACCAAGAGCCCGACUUCAUGCCUCGACCAAAAUAAGAGUAAAAAAUAUUUCUUCUUUACAGUUACACACGUC